UGCUGGUGUUGCUGAUCGUUCACCAUGGCUAUGCUGGGAUUUCUGCUGGCUGCAGCCCUUUGUCUGGGAUCUGCAGCUGGUGCCUCUUUGGGAACUGUGUUGACUGAAGGUGGCAUGGUCUCGGGAGACAACUAUGCUGUUUCUGGACUCUUCCACUACAUGGACGUCUACAAGGGAAUCCCCUUCGCUGCUCGUCCUGGUCUCUUUGAGAAGCCCCAACCCCACCCUGGCUGGGAUGGUGUUCUGAAAGCCACAAAAUACAGUAACAGGUGUCUGCAGCUCAACCUCCUUCAGACGGGCACAAUGGGUGAUGAGGACUGUCUCUACCUCAACGUCUGGGUACCCCAGGGAAUGGGAUCGGUCAACACCAACCUCCCUGUCAUGGUGUGGAUCUAUGGAGGUGGUUUCCUGCUCGGUGGUUCCAUGGGAGCAAAUUUCCUUGACAAUUAUCUGUACGAUGGAGAGGAGAUCGCCAACAAGGGAAAUGUCAUUGUGGUGACAGCAAACUACCGCGUGGGAGCUCUGGGCUUCCUCAGUACUGGAGACGCCGGCAUCCCUGGUAACUACGGCUUGUGGGAUCAGCAUGCUGCGAUUGCCUGGGUGCACAGGAACAUCAAGGCUUUUGGUGGAGAUCCCGACAACAUCACCGUCUUUGGAGAGUCUGCUGGAGGCGCCAGUACCAGCUUCCAGCUCAUUACUCCCAUGAAUAAGGGGCUCAUCCGCAGAGGCAUCUCCCAGAGUGGAGUGUCUCUCUGCCCCUGGGCCAUCAACAGGAACCCCAGGGCAUUCGCUGAGCUGGUUGCCCAAAGGGUGGGCUGCCCAAUUGAUGACACGAUGGCAGCUUGUCUGAAGAUGACUGACGGUGCAGCUCUGACUCUUGCUGGCUCUUUGGAUAUACAUGGGUCUGCAGCCACUCCUAUUGUCAACAACCUGGCCCUCUCUCCUGUCAUCGACGGAGACUUCCUGCCUGAUGAGCCUGCUAACCUGUUCGUCAAUGCCGCAGACAGGGACUACAUUAUCGGUGCCAAUGACAUGGACGGCCACCUCUUCACUGGUCUUGAUGUGGCCUCUGUCAAUCAACCUCUUCAGGCAACACCUGUUGAGGAAUUGAAGACCCUCCUGGCUUCCCUCACCAAAGACAAGGGACAGCGUGCUGCUGACCUGGCCUACAAUGAGUACACCUACACUUGGGGGGACCAGGCCAAGCCUACCAGGGAGGAGAUAAAGAGGGCUAUUGUGGACGCAGAGACCGACUACAUCUUCCUAAUCCCCACUCAGGCCGCUCUCUACCAACACGCCACCGUUGCCACAACUGGCCGUACCUACUCCUACCUGUUCACUCAGCCUUCUAGAAUGCCCAUUUACCCCAGCUGGAUGGGGGCAGACCACGCUGACGACUUGCAGUAUGUCUUUGGCAAGCCCUUCGCCACCCCUCUGGGAUACUGGCCCAAGCACCGUGAUGUCUCCAGAUACAUGAUCCGCUACUGGACCAACUUUGCCAAGACCGGAGACCCUAACAAAGGUGAGAGUGUUCCUGUGAAUUGGCCUGCAUUUACCACAGCGAACCAUGAGUAUGUCGACAUCAAUCACGAUAUGGGCCGCAACUCUGUCAAGCAGAAGUUGAGGCUUCGCUUUGUCAACUAUUGGACCAACACUUUCGCCAACAUGCCCACCUUGGUGCAGUAGAUUGACCUACAAUCACAUACAGUCUCCACAACUCAAUUGCACAUCAGGUCAUUAAAAUUGAUCAAUGGAUUAAAACCUAUUCUGCAUUUUAUCAGUAGUCAUGUUUUUAUCUCCUGACUCCAGAACAGCCAUUUAGCAAUUUAGAAAUGACUCGAGAGGUGAUUCCGUCUUAAUUUCAAUUGAAAACAUACCUGGGACUCCCUGAGGUCUGUUCCUAGAAUCCUUCAAUUUCGCGUCUAAACUGUAUAAUGAAUCCCAUUCUCAGUCGUUUUGAAACAGAAUAAAUUCCAGCG